CUAAAAGAUAUGAGUUUUAGUAUUGCAAGUGUAGCUAUUUGUAAAUGUGAUAUUUAAUAAAUCCGUUUUCUGUAGUGAGCCUAAUUAAUCUUUGUAAACCGCCUAUUUAACUGUUGCUACUAUUUAAAAUGAAUGUAAAAGUAUUAAAAAUGUUGCACCGCUACCAUAGGGCAUGUCUGCAUGUUUUGACACUUCUCAAGUGUGGAGCUCCGGGAUGGCACGUGGUCCAUCACCAGUGAACAGCAACAGUGUGGCAGCAGCAGGGCUGAUAAGUCCUUCAUAUGGAGGAUGAUAGCCGGGGUCCAGCUGAUGUUGUCAAGGACAAGAGUCACGUGAUGUACGAAGGCAAACACAUACACUUCUCAGAGGUGGACAAUAAGCCGUUGUGCUCGUACAGCCCAAAGCUCUGCAAGCAGCGCAGACUGAACGGCUAUGCUUUCUGUAUACGGCACGUUCUGGAGGACAAGACAGCCCCCUUCAAGCAAUGUGAAUAUGUGGCUAAGUACAAUAGCCAACGAUGUACCAACCCCAUCCCCAAGUCUGAGGACCGCAGGUACUGUAACAGUCACCUGCAGGUCCUCGGCUUUAUCCCCAAGAAGGAGCGGAAAAAGAAACACGAUGCUUUAGAGGAAAUGCGCUCACGGGCUCACCUGGAGUCCGUGGCUCUCAACAUAACUGUGCCCUCUUUAGCUCUGAAAGCUCCCAAUGGUCUAGAUGAACUUCCACCAUCUCCCCCAUGUUCACGUCUGUUACCCCUCGCUGAUGGGGAACUCCCGGACCCUUUUGCCUUUUAUGAGGACGACACUGAUGGGGAGGAGGUGGGUACUCCUCGGAAGGGCAACGCCAUCAAGAAGAAAUUACAGAGUCGUCUGGUGCUCAACCAGAAACUCUGCCAUGACAAGGACCUCUUCCAGCCACCUCCUGAGCACUUUAGUCCCUCCCCUGUCCCCCGGGUCCACCCCUCCUCACCGCUCAACACUCAUCUCCCACGGCAGCAGUCAGGUCUUCUCCAGCCACCCCAGCACUCCAGCGCAACAUCCUUCAUCUUCCCAGGACAGCAGCAGGGUUUAUUAUGCAAUCCACCACCACCUCAGUCAGUCAACUUUCUGCCUCCAGGGAUGCCCGCAAAUGCAGCACCCAGUCCAGUGCAACUGUCUGGGCCAUCACUUAGCAGGAAAAUGCCUUUCGCUGCUACUCACUUGCCGGUCAGUUGCAAGGACAGUGUCAGUAGCAAUCAGCGGCAAGUGGUUGUCAUGCGUCCUGCUGCCUUCUCACCAUCUGCCAGCUGUUUAGCCAGGUUGCAACAUCUGGUGCAGCUCUGUGCCAAGAGACACCGGGAGCAUGGAGACCUCUUUCCACAUCUAGGCUUGGACUGGUCAGAAGAUAGUGCUGAUGAAGAGGAUGAUGAGGAAGAGGAGGCAGAGAGAUUUGUUCCUUUUCAGACCUCAUGGAGACCACAGAAUAGGUUGGAAGACGACUGCGGUUCCUCUCGGAGAACACGGUUACUUCGGCUUUGCUCGUACCUGCGGGAGAAAUACAAGCACAUGUGCAGGCAGGAGAGGGCAAGUAUCCGCCAGAAGAGGUACCGCUAUGCCUUCCGCAAAGCCUUGCUGCAUGCCGCCAGUAAAAACCCAGACUGUGCUGGGCAGCUGAUCCAGGACUUUGGUGGUGCCUCUCGAUGCUCUUCAAGUGUGGCUCCAAUAAAGCAGGAGAACACGAACACAGGGACCUGUACGGGCAGCACUAAGGGCCAGGCCUGCAACAACAGAGCGCUGCCUUUCACUCAGCACUGCUUUCAGCACAUUCUGUUGAAUCGUUCCCAGCAGCUCUUUGCUAGUUGCACAGCCAAAUUUGCAGAUGGACAGCAGUGCUCCAUCCCGGUGUUCGAUAUCACGCACCAGACGCCCCUCUGUGAAGAACAUGCCAAAAAGAUGGAUAACUUCCUGCGUGGAGAUGGAAACCGACGAGUGCAGCACCACCAGCAGCAACAGCGAAAGCCACGUAAAAAGACCAAACCCGCGGCGCUCACCAAAAAACACAAGAAGAAGAGGAGGAGAGGACCACGGAGGCCUCAGAAACCCAUCCCUCCAGCGUUGCCACAGGGGAACCUGGGAAUGCCUUCUACAAGCCUAGCGAUGCCCUCACAGGCCAACAUCAGGAGCCCUUCAACUCCAGACCUAAGUGCAGAGGAGCUUCCUGAUGAUAUCACCAAUGAAAUGGCAGACAUUCCAAAUGACCUUGAGCUGAACCAGGAGGAUUUCUCCGACGUAUUACCUAGACUACCUGAAGACCUGCAGGACUUUGACUUGUUUGAAGGUAAGAACGGGGAGCUCCUGCCCACCACAGAGGAGGCUGAGGAGCUGGUGCGUGCACUGCAGGCUAUGGGGUCCUAUCCAGACUCUUUAGUGUGCCUGACCUCCCUGGGAGACCUGGCCCCAUCUGAAGGAGUGGACCACCGAGCCAUGACCGUGUUCCCAGGUCCGGUCCAGCCGGGGACCAUGGGGGAUCUGCUCAGCAACCGCAUCCCUACAGAGAAUUUCACCAGUCUUGAGCUGGAGGAAAACAUACUGCAGUCGACCGGGGGACACUUUCCGCCCUCACCGCCGUCUCAGCCUGCUAACCAGCCCCCAACGUCAUGCUCCAACCUGACCUCAUCUUCCUCCACAGUAGCCCCCCCCACCACCUCACUGCUCACUCAGACCUCCAUAACAGAGCGAACGUUUUCUCGGACACACACAUCCCACGUCCUGGCCAAGUCGGAUGGGCCCACGUCGUCUCCCCAAGGCAGCCACUACAGCAGUGAGCAUGUGCCAUCCCCAUACAGUGACCACAUAUCCUCUCCCCAUGCCACCUCUUUCCAGACUGACUCCCCUCUUCUGCUGGAAGUCCCUCUCAGCGGGGUACCGGGACCCCCACGCUCAUCAUGGAAUAAUCUCCCUCUUCCCCUCACUGACCCUACACAGUUUGGCAAUCUCAUAGGAUCAGAGACUCAUCUCAUAUCCACCUCCCUGUCCACUCCCCCCGCCACCACCACCCACUCCGUGACGCUGCAGCCCAUGGCUGCGCUCUCAGCGAUGCCUCAGAGCGGUUUGACAGGUCUAACAACUCCCCCCGCCCCCUCGUCCUCCCUCCCAUCGUCCUCACACGAUCUUCUGACCUCCACACAGCCCAAGCAACAGCUCCCUCAGUUCAGCGCGGCCUUUGGCCAUCAAUUGGCCUCCCACAGUGGCAUCCCAAAAGACGUGCAGCCCAGCCACAGCUCCACAGCGCCUCCUGCUGGCUUCUCAAUAGUUAGUGCCACUGCUGCAAGUGCCAACAGCGCCACACCACCCUUCACGCAAAGUAAAUGAGAGCAGGCGGCCCGCAGCUGCAGGACGACGCUCUGGACUCAGUCACUUACAAUCCAGCCGACUGGCUUCAGAUUGACCACCUCUCUUCAUCUGCUACAUGUGUGCAAUGUGGUUCUAGUGCACUAUUUGAUUAUGAAUUUGCACAAUCUCAAAUUGUCCUCUAUUUCCAUUGUUUACUCUGUAGCCAGGCGGUUCCUUUGGAUUUUAAGUCAGCGUGAGUCCACUCGUUUGAUGCCUUGUGGUUUCGUCAGCAGCAGGUUAGAGUCAGAUUUACCAGAUUUUGUGAUGAAUAUAAACGGGUGAAAAUUGGCAGAAGGACCUGCAGAGAUUAUCUGUGUCACAGUGCUCAGAAUCAUUGAAGCUUCAGUCGGUGGUCAGUUUCGUUUUGCUUUGCCAGUUUAAGUCCUGUCUUAAAAUGAUAAUCAACUGUACCCUGCCUUGCUCAGAUGGCCAUUGCGUUGUUUUUAUUUCUCCACCUUUUUCAUACACCGCUUCUGCCACCUCCCUGAGAACAGUACAAGUUGUGACAUUUGUGACCCAUCAUGUUUCAAGCUAUUUAACUGUUAUCAUGAUAUAGAAUCUUACUGAGUCAGAUUUCACAGUCAUGUGAAUUUACCAAAAAUACUUUUAAACAGCUGUUUUUAUAUUGUGUAUACUAUAUAUGUGCUCAUUUAUUGGUUUGCUCAGACGUCAAAAUCUCUGACCUCACCUUUGGUUGUGGGACUCCGAGUGGCCUAGUAGACACUUGAAGAAAAACAUAGUUUCUUAAAGCAAUAAACACAUUAACAUAACUCUAGCAUUGUAAGAUAUUUUAUUGGUCUCAUUACAUGUAGCUUCACUUGAGGAAUCGGGACUGCAUCGAGAACAUUUGGCCUCUUUUCACAGACCCACGAUCAGGUCGGCCUAACGUCUUGUGGACUUGUGAGGCUAAUAAAUGAGUUUCAGUGUUAUAGCAUGGGUAAUGACGGGUAAUCCAGGGAUUUAAGUGUCUACUAUCAAAGGUGCUCUCUGAUCCACACACACAAUGGUCUUUAGUGACUUGCAUGUCUUGUAAAAGGACUCCAACUAUAAGACGUCAAGGCCGUGAAUUGGCAUUGGAAAUUGACAUUUUACUCAUUAGCUCGGUGUAGUGUGAUGAUAUACACAGAUGUGUUGUCGAGCAAAUCUGGAGUUUUGAAGCUAAAUGAUGCAAACCUGGAUUAGAUUUUUUAUAAUAACAAGGACUCGGCUAUCUGUCUGUGAAGGACUCAUACAGCAGUAUAACCAUGGCGUUUGAUGGCAUAUUAGACAUUUGACAGAACUGUCAGACACUGUUGAG